AUGCAACGAGAACGAGAGAGGCAGAGGGCCCAGGAAAGGCAACGACAACUUGGGCAAGAGAGACAGCAGAGGCAACGAGAGCUAGAACGUGAGAGGCAGAGGAACCAGGAAAGGCAACGAGCUCUUCGCGAAAAAGCAUCGCCCCGGAAUAUAGCAGAAGAAAGGCGCAAAAUUGCAGCCAGAAGAAGGGGAGAAGAGGCAAAGAGUAACGCAACAUUGAGGGCUACAUCGAAGCCAUGUGGAGGAUGCGGAUGGGCUAUCGAGAAGAGUUUCGGCUGGACCUCCACGCAGACCACGUUACAUGGACACUAA